AAUUUUAUUAACUAAGGAGCAUUGAUAGGAAAAGUAACUCUUGAGGUUUUUCAUUGACAAUAAUAAAGUAAUAAUUAAGAACGGUCUCCGCCACUGCAAAAUCAAAUUAAAUGCCUCGGAAAGGGGUUCAGUAUGUCAAUAAUGAAGAACCAGCUUUUAUUAAGCAAUUCAAAGAGAAAAUCGGUCACAAAGAUGGUCCAGAUGUAAAUACAAAGGUAGAACAAAUAACUUCUCGAAAUGUUCACUUUACUUAUUUACUUUCAGACUUAACAAUUAGUAUUACUUUACUAUUACUAUACAAUUACAAUACUAUUACUAUUUCUUUAUUAAUUACUUAGUAAACUUAGCUUACCAGAUUUUCUGGAUGCCAAGUACGGACACAAAGGCCCACAGCAACCGGAACCAUACCGGUGGGGGUGGAGGGCCACCCCCCAUCACAAAACCCCAUAUAAACUACAAUCAUUCUUCCCAUGCACUGCACAAUAAUCGCUUGGAACCACCUGCACAAUGCCGCCAUCGAGCGCUUUGGACUCAACAUCAAUCCAGAGCUUCAAGGCUGCCCUGGCAUCCGCUAGGAGCCGUUAGGAUAGCAGCAUCGCUUCCCCAACCGUUGCACAUAUGUCAGUACAUGGAUUCAGCAACAUACCCUACCAGAACCAGAGAACUCGUAUGUACAAGAAGUUUUCAGCCCCCACCCCCAUAAAAAUUUUUAAUAGAUAAUUGUGACUUACAGGAAUAAAAAAAUAUGCAUAGCUUAUUUAUACCGCCGACAGAUUGGCUAGCCCUGUGGUCCCCAUAAUAAAUAAUAAUAUACACCGCAUCGCUCUGGGUGCCAUGUUGCCCUCUGGCAGAGCCAUGAGAAUGGGGCAAAGAGGGUAGUCACAGUGGGCACCAAAACCUUCUUUAGAUAUGAUCUUAAUAGUGAAUUAAAAUAUCAAAUCUCAUCUACUUUAGAUAGACGAGGGGGGCCAAAAAUCGUCACCGGCUUCGCCCCAGGUGCAGCAUUUCCUCCUCAGCGAAUUAGCAACAGUAAAAACAGAAUAAAAAUAAAAUAGCACUUAACUGAAAAGUAGUAUCCCAGAGGGCAGCAAAAGAAUGAUGAAAACCUAAAUUUAGCAUGAGCACCGUGAAUUGAAACAUUAUAGGAACCACUGAACUAGCACAUUGAAGAUACGGUGGGAAAAAUCUUACUGUAAUACUGCUACUACUGAGUACUGUUGAAAGGAUAUCUAGCUAGUUCAUUUGUGAAAAGAAAUGGCAACAUUAUGACGAUAAUUCCUACACAACAUUGCGUGAUAUUUUACAGCAUUGGAGAUAUAAAUAUGCUAUUUUUGGACUGUCUAAUAAUGGAGCUGAAAUUAUUCACUGGGCUUGCCUUUGCGAUAAGAUAAGAUAAGCAAGUCUUCGCUGCCAAAAGUACUGACAAGCCAGACGAUGAGAGCAAAGUAUGUAUAAAUAGGGACGCAAAAAUUAGUACGGACAAGGGGGUAGAAAACACGAACUGUCCGUACUAAAUACGGACAUCUGGUAACCCUAUCUUACGUCUUUGCAAAAAACAAUCUAAUUCAAUCUUUGAAAGUCAAUUCUUUGUCAAGUCUAGUUCUAGUUUCUUCUUCAUUCAUUAAGACUAAGACAACUUCACUAAAUAAGUUAAGUCUAAUUAAAAACAUCAAAAGUUCUUGGCUUCAGUUUCAGCUAUUACACAAAUCUUCCUUUUUAUUUUUCGUCACAGACGCACACUUUUUGUUAAAUAAAUUUUAAAAAAUUAUUUAACUUUAACUUCAGAGGGGAGACCAUUUUUAGAGGUAUGGGCAGUGGGUAAAGAAGGCCUGCAUUAGACUAAUAAUUAUCCUUAAGUAAAAGAUUUGCAUUGAUAAAAAACAGGACAAGUUAUAAGAAAUAUGGGAUGGACAGGCUUUUGGUUUAUUACCUUUAAAGUUGUUAUAUAUUUUUACUCCAGCACUUUGGGCAGGGCAGGUAUAAGUAUUUUAGUGAACAAAUUAAUAAAACUAAAAUGGUUGUCAUUAAUGAGCAUCAUCAGCAUUUCACUUGUAAUAGUUCAGGGAGGCUAGAUUGUUGGGAAUGUUGGGUAGGGGGAGUUGUUGAUCACAAGUGUUUUUGUGAGUUGUUGAUCGUGAGGUCAGCGUGAAGUUGGUAUGUGGUGUUGAGCUUUAGGGUAUGCUGAGUGUUUGGUUGGGAUAUAAAAGGGCAGUGUGUUAGUUAGACGUGAAGUAAGAGUUCCGCCGAUGAGUCAGAGGAGAUGAGCUGAGAGUAGUUGGAGAGAAGAGAGUUAUUAUUAUCUUCAUUCAACGUUGUGAAUUGACAUUUGUUGUUUGGAUCCUGUAAAUAAAGAACUGUUAUUGUUAUCUUCAUUGGACGCUGUUGUUUUGCUCUUUAUUGUGGACAUGGUGUGACAGGCAAGUUAAACAUACUUUAGUAUUAGUAUACAGUUGUCACCCUAGGCUCUAGACGACGUAGGACUUAGGCCCUAGAUGAUGUAGGGUCUAUCUAACUGUCGAGCAGUUAAUGUGUCUGCUGGUUAACAUUCGUAAACAUUGGUGAAGACAAAUGAAAGAAGGCGGUAACAUUUGUGAUACUAGACAACAAAAGAAAGCCGUAACAUUUGUGAUUCUAGACAACGAAAGAAGGCCGUAACAUUUGUGAUACUAGACAACGAAAGAAGGCCAUAACUUUUGUGAUACUAGACAAUGAAAGAAGGCUGUAACAUUUGUGAUACUAGACAAUGAAAGAAGGCCGUAACAUUUGUGAUACUAGACAAUGAAAGAAGGCCGUAACAUUUGUGAUACUAGACAAUGAAAGAAGGCGGCAACAAUGACUAUGGGUGGAAAGUACACAUCUAUUUUUUCAUAGGGGCAUAUAUGUUAAAGCCUACCCAAUUAAAACUAUGAGUCGGCAAAGCACAAAUACAUCUUACCAUUAUUUAGAUUAAACCCUUAUAGCGAUUAGUUUUUUAUUUGCUUAACACUUCUGUUACUGGGCUUAUUGAUUUAUCUUCAUUACCACAGAGGCAGAUUCCCAAUUUUGACGAAGAUGGCGAAGAUGAUGAUGUGCCAGAGAAAGAAGAUGAACAGCCUAUUGUUGUUGUGCUUAAAUCGGGUGAUCUGACUGCUGAAGAAGCCGAGAGUGAGCUGAAACAAAUAGAUGAGGGUAAGAAUUAACCCUCUUAACAAAACUGUUCCUCCAUCAUUUUAAAAUGUUAUCAUCAUUAGACCUGAACCCCAUAGCUCCUAAGCUUAUCAAAGAAAUGUUUGUCAUUUUUUUAUGCAAAUUAAUUUAUUGAAACUAAGAGAGUAUCACUUUCUAAUAGAAAUAUUUUCACAAAAACUAAACUUAAAAAAAGGGAUUGAUAAAAACUAAUUACGAACUUAUUUCUUUUAAGGCCCAGCAAGGUUGGAUGAAAAGAUAACAUUUAAGAAACCCACAAAACGUGUUAAGGAUACAACAGACUCAAGUACAGAUUCAUCGGGAGAUGCCAAGAAGCAAAAAGAAUCAAAGAAAAAGAAAGAGUCAACAUCUAAAAAGACAAAGAACAGUUCUCUAUUGUCAUUUGGUGGGGAUGAUGAGGAAGGUUAAGUAUUUGGUAUACAGAGGGAAAAAAAUCUUCAUUAUUUUCAAGGAUGAGAAUAAGGAUGAGAAUGAGCGUGGAUUUUAAAUGGGAAAAUUUGUCAUUUUAAAUUACAUGUCCGUAUGGAUGGGAUUUUUUACUUCAUUGAAUGGAAUUAUGCAAGGAUGUCAUACACCCUUGACAAAAUUUGUGUUUACAAGAUUUAAAGUUACUUUGAGUGUUACAAAUGGGAUAAUUGUGUUUCAGAAUAAGAGUUUAGCACUGUUUAAAUUGUAGUUUAUAUCACCCUUAGUAUAACAUUUGGACAAGUUUUAUGGCCCACCCAUACAUGUUAUUGUUAAGUGUUAUUAUCUUUAAUUACAAUUUGUGAUGCCAACAGAGUUGCUGGCCUCAUAGGAGGUGAGUGUUUUAGACCCCUGGUUUAAUUAAUGUAUGAACUGUUACAAACAACACCACAGAUGUGUGAGGCAAGUUAGCUAUAUUCCUCAUUCAACUAUUAAAAAUAAGGCUGAAAAAUUCUAGGAAAACUUUUUAAAAGAUUAUUUUCAAUCCGUUUAAUUGAUUGCCUGUCAACACUUUAUCUAAGACAAACAUUGAUGGACUGUAGGAAAAAGCUUCUUGUCAAUACCAUUUUUUAAUAUUCACAUCUAUUUUUAGCUAACCCAAAUUCAUUGUAAACAUGACUCAUUAAUUGCUAUUCAUUUUGUGUUUGGCGAAAAUUGUGUAUUUGGCUAAAAGAGUCAACAAUAAAAUUGUGAGAUUUCAUGAUAAAAUAUAUUACAUGCAUUUCAUUUUGUUAUAUUUUUUCUAAGAAUGUGAACAAAUAUAAAAUCAAACAAAGGAUCUAAAUAUUAAUUCAGAUAGCAAUACACUAGAUUAGAGGCAAAUUUCACAUGAAUAAUCAAAUAAAUGAGGAUUAAAAUUAUCUUUUAACUCUGGAGAUCAGACAUAAGUAUACUGAAAUUAACCUGAGCUAAUAGUAAAUAUUAUUUCUUAUUGAAUAAGUCAAACUCUCUACAAAUAAUGUGAUAAGAGAUUAUGAUAAUAUCAUGUUGAUGUUUCAGGGUAAUUUUAAGUGAAAAACAAAUCCCAAUAGUGAUGACCUUAAUGUUAAAAUGGAUUAAAAUAAAAAAUGAGGUGUGGCUAAGUGCUAUAUAAAUCUACAAAUGAAAACUCUUUUCUAUACUAUGUGGGAUAAUUAUGUGUUUAGUUGAGAAGUUUGUUCUUUUAAGAUGAGCCAAGCAAUAAAAAAAAAGUGCAAAGAAGCCUUGCUUAAAGCAAAAAUGCAUAAUAUUUAUAUACAUAAUAAAAUAAGAAUGGGUGUGCAUUGAUAUGUUGACAUGUAAUAGGUAAUAAAAAUCAACAAAAAAUAAAAUAUAAACUUGAAUAAAUUUACACAUUAAUCAAAUAAUAUGUAGACAGCUGAUGAUAAAAAUAAAUACUUUGAGAUUGGCUUUUUAACUUUUGUUGUAAAUUAUCAUGUUAUGAUGCAAAAUUUAAAAAAUGGAAUAAAUCUAGCAGCAAAUAGUUAUCUUUUGUACCAAGUACUAAUUCAACUUGGACAAAAAUAAUACUUAAUACUAGUAAUUGGAGACAUGGUCAAAUAAUUUAAGUGGAUUAAGUUAUACUGUUAGCAAUAAUGAAAAAAUAACAUGAUUCUAAAUGAUAUCACAUUCCUGAAAUUGAAUCGUCGUUAAUGAUGGGUAUCAUUGUCGGAGAACGGAAAAGUAUGAUAAUUUAAUAUUAAUAUGGCAAUUAUUUUAACUGUGUUGAAAUAUAUUUUUAUAAAUAAAAUUGUCCUAAAAAGAAUGUGAAGCAACAAAAACUGGUUAAUUCACUUUAAAGCUUGUCUGCAAAUUCACAUAGUUCUCUCAAAGAAGAGACAAAGUGGUAUGCCUGCCUAGUAUCUCAUCUGUGUACAAUAAAACAUUCAAAAGCUACAUAUAGGUAAUAAUAAUUCACUGAUCUUACAGUUACAAAGGAAACAGAAUCACAGAAAAAUUGUGAGCGUGGAGAAAAUAAUUAUCAUGUAGAGAUUCAAACAGCUAACGUGCAUCUUCAUAUCAUUCAGGAUAUUACAAUUGGUAUAAAUAGUUUAAAGUUUGGCACAGUGUUCAGAAAAUGCUGAUGUCAUUUAAUUGUAUCAGAAACAAGCUGCUGGUUAGAGAUACUCGGCUAACUUGAGUAAAAAUAAAACAGAUAAAUACAAAGGCUUUGAUUAUUAAUGGAGAAAGUGUUUUCCAUAGGUUUAAACAAAUUAGUUAUACAGUUCAAGUGUUUUCCCACACUGUGGAUUUGAUAUAAAUAUAAAAUAAAAUGCCUUUGUGUUUGCAAUAAAAUUUAGCACAAAAAUAAAUGCUCUUACAUUUCUGAUCAAUUUUUAUUUUAAAAAGUUUGUGAGAAUAAAUAUUAUAUUUACCAGGUAUAUGAUCAAUUAAAUAUCUCAUAGAUGAUAUGACAUUCUUAUUUUAAUGUAAAUUUUGUAUUUAAAUAAAAAAAUUAUGUUCAAGUUCAAUAAAUUUUUGAGGUAAAAAAAAAUGCAUCACGCUUAAUUAAAAAGGAACACUUUAUAAGCAUCACUAUUUCAUCGAGAAAUGGUUUAAAAAUGUGUACUAGUUAAUUGUCAAAGAUGGAUUUCUAUAUUCUCAGCAUAAAAUACUUUUUAAAUAUGAAAUGAUUUAGAAAUCUUUAAUAUCACUGAGUAAUGAUUUAAAAUGGAUUUCAUUAUUCCUUACAUCAAAGUUCAGCAUCAUAUAAAAAAAAAAGCAAGUUGAAAUCGUUUUAUUUCAAUUUGGAGUUUUAUUAUGAUUAAGGCAAGCCUCUGUGCCAUCCUUAUUAUGUCAAUAAAUAUUUUCAUUUUGUUGGGUACCAAAAUUCCUUUACUUUGCUAAUUGGAAAUUAUAUUCCACUUUGUAUCAUUGUGAAGAUUUAUACAUUUCGGUAUUAAUUAAAACACUGAGCAUAAAAUCAAACAUAAAAACAUAAUGACCUCAAUUCACAAAAAAAAAAAAAAAAAAAAAAAUUUUUUUAAAAUGCAAGCCGUAUUAAUUUAUUUAAUGCCAGAAUAAAUAAAUGCUGAACAUAUUUAUAUAUUUUGUUUCCAGGGUUGGAUUCUUCAAAUAGUCAUUUAUUUAGUGUUUUCCGUGUUAAACAAAAUUAUGAAAGCCUCUCAACCAUAAGUAUCUUACCAGAAAAUAUCUUAUUAUUUGAGGAGUUUGAAAGAGUCUCAUUGCUCUGUCCGAUUUUGGUGAGUGAGGGAACAUUCAGGAUUAGAACAAGGGAGCGAAAAGAUCUUAAACCAUCAUGUGAAUAUAUUCUGUAAAAUUUGUAAAAUUUUGUAGAAAAUAAAAUAACAUGCUUAUUUAAUUCAAUUAUAACUAGAUCUAAUUUAAAGUUGGAAAAAAUGGAAAAGUUAAGUUUAUUUUCAACCAGCAAAAUUUGAACUGUGCAAUCAAAUUGAUCGUGGGCCCUUAAGAUAUAGAAGAAGAAGAAGAAAUAAUUUUAAUCAAAACAAGAAAGUGCAUUAUUUUUAGAUAUUAUAUUUCUAAUACAAAUUAUUUUGCCCUGAAUAGCACAUACUAUUUAUACAAUAUUUUUAGGGGAAUGACAAUUUUAAAAACAUAAUUCCUUUAUUAAAAUUGCAUGGUCUCAAAGUCCUUGAUAAAAUAUUUAAAUUUACAUUUGAUAUUCAUUUCCAUGCAUAAAACAUAUUGGAGAAAGGCCUAAAAAACAGUU